CUUGUUAAAGACGGUCAGUAUUACCCUCCUACAUGUUUUUUUAAUUAGUUGGAAAAUAUGCCACCUAACGCCGUAAGCAGUCCUAGCGUUGAUCAAGCGCUAUCAGCCGAAGAGACCAGAGAAGAGUCCAAGCAGACGGGCGUGCUCUUCGAAGCUGAUGCAGAUACAAAUGAUGGCGCCUUAGACGUGGAUGUAGUGCAGCUUAAAAGGGCAGAGACCCGUAAACUAAAAUGGGUUUGGCGCAACAUUAUACUCUUUGCAUAUGUGCACUUGGCUGCUCUGUAUGGCGGCUUUUUGCUUUUAACUCAAGCUAAAUGGGCAACUGUGGCUUUCAGCGCGGCGCUAUAUAUAAUGGGCAUGCUGGGCAUAACUGCUGGGGCACAUCGAUUGUGGGCUCAUCGCUCAUACAAAGCCAAGUGGCCAAUGCGUCUUAUAUUGAUCGUUUUUAAUACAAUCGCCUUCCAGGAUGCUGCGUACCAUUGGGCACGUGACCAUCGGGUGCAUCACAAGUUUUCAGAAACGGAUGCUGACCCACACAAUGCUACACGUGGAUUCUUUUUCUCUCAUGUUGGUUGGCUACUGUGCAAGAAGCAUCCCGAUGUGGUGGCCAAGGGCAAGAGCUUAGAUCUGUCGGAUCUACGAGCCGAUCCCAUACUAAUGUUCCAAAAACGGCACUACUAUACACUUAUGCCAUUGGCCUGCUUUAUAUUGCCCACAGUCAUACCAUUCUACGGUUGGAAUGAAUCCUUACUUUGCUCUUGGUUUGUAUCCACCAUGUUCCGGUGGUGCUUUCAGCUGAAUAUGACCUGGCUUGUAAAUAGUGCUGCUCACAAAUUUGGUGGACGCCCUUACGAUAAGCAUAUUAAUCCGUCACAAAGUCCGUAUGUGUCCGCUGUUACAUUUGGUGAGGGCUGGCACAACUAUCAUCACGUAUUCCCCUGGGACUAUAAGACUGCCGAGUGGGGCAGAUACUCCCUGAACAUGUCCACGGCAUUUAUUGACAUGUUUGCCAAAAUUGGUUGGGCAUACGAUCUCAAAUCGGUAGCAAAGGAGACUAUCGAGCGCAGGGUUCGCCGCACUGGGGAUGGAACUCACGAAUUAUGGGGCUGGGGCGACAAGGAUCUCACUGCAGACGAUGCCAAGCUUGUGCUACUCGUUGGUAAAAAACAAGAUUAAUUCAUUAUAAUGGUUUAAAGGAUAUAUAAGAUAUACAUAUACAUGUUACUAUAAAUUA